AUGGAGGCCAAACAGAGCAACCAGAACUUCAGAUUGGAGAACUUAUUCAACGUUAAGGGCAAAGUGGCCCUCAUCACCGGUGGCGGCUCCGGAAUCGGCCUCAUGGCAGCACAAGCACUAGCUGUGAACGGUGCGAAGGUCUACAUCACAGGCCGUACCAAAGAGAAGCUCGACCGAGUCGCAGAGCUCUACAGCGCGGACGUGCCCGGAGAGAUCAUUCCCAUCACAGCCGACAUUACCAACAAAGAAUCAAUCGACAGCCUAGUCCAAACCAUCUCCGAGCGCGAGAAAUACCUCUCCAUCCUCAUCAACAACGCCGGAAUCUCCAGCCAACCUCAAACGACCGAGCAUGAAGAUCCCCAACAGCUUCGCAAAUCCCUCUUCGAAGACGCAUCAGGUGACAUGCAAGAAUGGGACAGCGUCUUCCGCACAAACACAUCCCAGCUAUUCUUCAUGACAACUGCAUUCCUCCCUCUUCUCUCAAAGGGCUCCGAACAAGAACGCGGCUGGUCCAGUACCGUCAUCAACAUAACCUCAAUCUCGGGAAUCGUCAAGGUCUCCCAGCACCAUUUCGCGUAUAACGCCUCCAAGGCUGCGGCGAUUCAUCUGACCAAGAUGCUGGCGCACGAGGUUAUGACGUCUAACUUGCGGAUCCGCGUGAAUAAUAUCGCACCGGGUGUUUUCCCUAGUGAGAUGACCACUAAUGAGAGCGAUGAAAAGCAGAAGAGUGCUAUUCCGAAGGAGAAGUAUGAGCAAAAGGUGCCCGCGGCGAGAUCGGGCAAGGACGAGGACAUGGCGAGCACGGUUCUCUUUGCGGCGACGAAUCAGUACUUGAAUGGGCAGACCGUUGUUGUUGAUGGCGGGUAUGUGCUUGCGGCGGGAACCGUGUAG